AUGUCUAGAAAGAGACAAAAAGAGAAAACAGAGAAGACGAAUGCUGAGGAUGAGACCUCGAGAAAUGCAGGACAGACUCUGAAUGAAAAACUCUCUGCUCAGACCUUUGAUGAAUAUCAGUGCUCAGGCAAUGUGGAGAUUGACUUCCCUGGGCUUUGUGCUCUUCUGGACAUGAAGGAUAUCCCAGCUGUCAGCACCAAGCAACCAGCAUCCUCCACUGCUGAAACUGAAGGAGGGGACACAGAGGACGGCAGGUCACAGAUAAAUGCUGCACCUUUCUGGUCUAAGCCUUGCCUCCAAGUGGAGCUGGAGAUUGAAGACCCCAUCAGUGUCAAGAACCUGAAGAUUUCUGGAUGGAGGGUAGAUGAGCAGAUUGCCAGAGUGCUGCAGAAGAUGCUUGUCUCCUUGAGCAAGCUACAGAGCAUUCAGUUUUGGCAGGCUGGACUAACAGAUCGAAUGGUAAUCUCCCUCAUGAACACAAUAUCGCUGUGCUCCAACCUCAAAGCGGUGACACUGGAGGGCAACCCUCUUCCGGAGCAGAGCUACCACCUUCUCCUCUCUGAAGACAGCACGCUCACUCACUUGUCCCUGAGAAAUAACCGGAUAGGAGACGAGGGUGCUCGACUAAUUGGUUUGGCUCUCUCCACUGCAAGAUCUGCCAACAAGAACCUCUUGUCUCUCAAUCUGGCAUUCAAUUCGAUUGGUAAUGCAGGUGCUGCACACAUUGCACAGGGCCUGCGGCUGAAUCGCGCUUUGCUCUGUCUCUCGCUGUCCAACAAUCAGAUUGGAGACUUAGGAGCUGCUCAUCUGGCGGAGAUACUUAGUGAGUUUGCUCUAACUCAUGAAGAAGUUGUGGAGAGGAGGAAGCUGCUUCUGGAAAAAACUCAGGCCUCAUCUCUUAGGGUCGAUUCCGACCAUUCGCUUGCUGGCCAGCUUUCCUCAGUACCCAGCAGCACUUCACUGAGCGUCAGCAAAGGGGAGAACAAAGGCAAAAAAAAGGAAGCAUUGAAAAAAGAUGAGAAACCGGCUGCCAACAAAGAGAACCCAAAAUCUAACAAGAGAUCUUCUGAUAUGAAGGUGCCUCAGAGUAAAGGCAGCAAGCUGGGAAGCAAAGAGAAACUGUCUCCACAGGAGGAUAAAUCAGGUACUGCCCUGAAUGAGGAGGUGGAGGCAGUGGAGAUAGUGAACCCCCUGCUGGACGAGUCGGUGCAGCACAGGGACGGUGAGCUUUUUCUGCCUGGAAACAAGACUCUCACCUCCCUUAACCUGGCAGGAAACAGAAUUACAGAGAAGUCGCUGCCUCUGUUUCUGACGCCACUAGAGAUGCAGGGCGAGGGAGGAGGCCUGCUGCGUCUCUGUCUGCAGAGGAAUCGUUUCCCAGCAGAGUGUGAGAUUUAUGUGAAGAUAAAGGAACGGAUGACACUCACAGAUCCCCUCAAACAAACCAUCUCUGAACAGACAGAAGAGGAGGGACGGGGGCCGUAG